AUGGCCAAAGGAAAGUUCAGUGAGCUGGAAACCACCCUGAUCAUCAUUGUCUGUCUGGUGACAGUCACAGCCUGUGUCCUCAUUGGGCUCUUAGCAUCAGGACAAUCUGGAAUCAAACCUACAGUGUUUUCCCCACGAUGCCCGAAAAUUGCAGUAGCAGAGAGGAUUGACUGCAUCCCGGAUCAGAUAGCUACAAAGAGAACCUGCACCCUGCGUGGCUGCUGCUGGAGUCCCCAGAGCGAUGUCAACGUGCCCUGGUGUUAUUUCCCAACCAACUCUGGGUACAAAGUGGAUGGGGCAGAGAGAUCCACUGAGGCAGGGUUUGAGAACACACUGACAAGGCUGCCCUCACCUUCCCUCUUUGGAAAGGACAUGGAGACCGUCCUUCUGACAGCAGAGUACCAGACAGCCAACCGCUUCCACUUCAAGAUCACCGAUCCUAACACACAAAGAUUUGAGGUCCCUCAUGAACAUGUCAAAUCUUUCACUGGAUCCAAGGCCUCCAAUUUAAACUACAAAGUAGAGGUGAAGCCAGAUCCCUUCGGCAUCAUGGUGACCAGAACAAGCAACAACAGAAUGCUGUUUGACACUACCAUAGGGCCUCUGCAGUACUCUGACCAGUUCCUGCAGCUGUCAAUCAAACUGCCAAGCAGCAACAUCUAUGGUGUGGGGGAGCACGUCCACAAGCAGUACCGGCACGACGUCAACUGGAAGACCUGGCCCAUGUUCAGCAGGGACAUUGGCCCCUCUGGAGCAAUGCAUAAUUUAUAUGGAGUUCAAACUUUCUUCCUCUGUUUGGAAGACAGCACUGGAGCCUCCUUUGGUGUUUUCCUAAUGAACAGCAAUGCCAUGGAGUUUGUGCUGCAGCCUGCUCCAGCAGUGACCUACAGAACCAUUGGUGGGAUCCUUGAUUUCUAUAUCUUCUUGGGGAACACACCAGAGGAAGUGGUCCAGGAGUACCUACAGUUUGUGGGGUUGCCAUAUUUCCCUUCCUACUGGAACCUCGGCUUCCAGCUCAGCCGCUGGAACUAUGGCUCCCUGGAUGAGGUGAAGGCAGUUGUGGAGAGGAACAGGGCGACUGGGAUCCCGUAUGAUACUCAAGUCACUGAUAUCGACUACAUGGAAGGAAAGAAAGAUUUUACUUAUGACAAAGUGAAGUUCCGAGAUCUCCCUACCUUUGCAGCUUACAUGCAUGCUGCUGGGCAGAAGUACAUCAUCAUCUUGGACCCUGCUAUCAGCACCCAAAAUCUAGCUGAUGGUAGUCCCUAUGGAAGCUACGUCAGGGGAGCGAACAGAAAAGUCUGGGUUUAUGAAUCAGAUGGAGAAACGACGCUAGUUGGGGAGGUGUGGCCAGGGGAAGCUGUGUUCCCAGACUUCAGCAACCCAGACUGUGAAAGCUGGUGGGUGGAAGAGUGCAAACUGUUUUAUGAUGCCGUGCCAUACGAUGGGAUCUGGAUUGACAUGAAUGAAGUAUCCAAUUUCGUCCAAGGCUCGAACAAAGGCUGUGCAGAGAAUGAAAAGAACUAUCCUCCUUACACUCCCAAUAUUCUGGACAGACUCAUGUAUUCCAAGACACUUUGUCUGGAUGCAGUGCAGAAGUGGGGGCAACAGUAUGAUGUCCACAAUCUUUAUGGCCAUUCCAUGGCCAUGUCAACAAAGAAAGCCAUCGAGGCUGUGUUUCCUGGGAAAAGAAGCUUCCUUCUUUCGAGGUCUACUUUUGUUGGAUCAGGAAAUUACACAGGACACUGGCUGGGAGACAAUGCAGCAACCUGGGAACACUUAAGAUGGGCCAUACCUGGAAUGCUGGAAUUUAACCUCUUUGGAUUCCCUUAUAUUGGAGCAGACAUUUGUGGUUUCUUUGACAACACCACAGAAGAGCUUUGCAGACGCUGGAUGCAAGUGGGAGCCUUUUACCCCUUUUCCAGGAACCACAAUGCUGAAGGAUAUAUAUCUCAGGACCCAGCUGUGUUUGGAGCCAAUUCCCUCUUGGUGAACACCUCCAGGCAUUACUUGAACAUUCGCUACACCUUGCUGCCCUACCUGUACACCCUGUUCUACAAAGCUCAUACUCGAGGGGACACGGUGGUGCGGCCGCUUCUGCAUGAGUUCUACUCGGAUGACAGCACGUGGGCUAUUGACAGACAGUUCUUGUGGGGUCCUGGGCUGCUCAUUUCCCCUGUGCUUGACCUGGGUGUGGACACGAUUCAAGCCUAUUUUCCUGACGCAGUGUGGUAUGACUAUGAGAUGGGGGCAAAAAUCUCAACGAGAAAAGAAUGGACCAGCCUCUUCCUGCCAGCAGACAAAAUGGGACUCCAUCUGAGGGGAGGCUAUGUUUACCCUACUCAACAGCCAGAUCAAACAACAGCUGCAAGCCGCAAGAAUCCAAUGGGACUUAUAAUUGCCAUGGAUGACAACAAUGCGGCUUCUGGGGACUUGUUCUGGGAUGAUGGAGAAUCUACAGGCACAGUGGAGAGGAAAGCCUACAUUUACUACGAGUUUACAGUCUCCAGCAGUGCUCUCCAAAUAUCUGCAAAAGCCAAUGGCUAUUCUGAUCCAAACAACUUGAAGUUUGAAGAUAUCAAGAUACUGGGAGCACUGCAGGAAAUAAUAGCAGUUACUGUCACUCAGAACGGUGUCAUGGAGAAUCACCCAGUUAACAUCAGCUAUGACCCUGUGCAGAAGGUUGCCCUCCUAAGAGGAUUUCAGCUUGAACUGGGAAAGUCCUACACAGUACAAUGGACUCAACGACUUUAUGGUUAUCAAAAUGCAACUCCAGUAGCACUAAGCCUCAAGAGCUCCCCAACAAGCAGGGACAAGGAAAAACUUCAUGAAAUGUCUCUAUUUUGUUUCUCUUGGUUUUGUUAG